ACAGUUGUAUGGGUUUGGGUUUUGGAUCUUCUGGGGGUCGCGGUUUCGAAUCCGGGGCCUUAACGCGGAGAGCAUACAAUACGGUGCACCAAGUUUGUUUGGCGGUUUGACCGAAAGAUCUAAUAAUAAAGAUUUGAAUGCAGGGUUAUCUCCUAAUUUAGGGUUAUAGUCUGGGCGGGCAUGCGGACUUACUAUUUCGUCAGCUUUUUUCACGUCAAUUGACAGCCAUUUAAACAAACGUGAGUACUGUGGGGAACCCCACCGCACAAUCAAUGUCAUAGACUUGACCGCACUGCUUAUCUUUUUGCUGUGCAGAACAGCUUUUUCUCCGUCACCUCUUAAGCCUCUGUCAAGAAAAAAAACUGAGGUUCCUGGUGCGAAUAGUGGAAAUUCUUUUUUCAAAGCUCUUGUUGGCACUCGGUAAUCAGUAGAAAUUCAAAGUGGGUUCUGUGAAUGGUACCCUCGGUGGGUAAACAGUCUGUUCACAUGGACACUACGUGCGGCUCUUUACUACGAGAACUACAGCACAUUUGGGACGAGAUUGGAGAAAAUGAAGUAGACCGAGACAAAAUGCUCUUGGAGCUUGAAAAAGAAUGUUUGGAGGUUUACUGUCGGAAGGUGGACCAGGCAAGUCAUGCAAGGGCAAAGCUUCAUCAGUCGCUUGCAGACAAAGAAGCAGAGCUGGCAUCUAUUAUAGCUUCUUUAGGAGACAGGAAUCUUCAUUCUCAGUCAGAGAAAAGAUCAGGAAGCUUGAAGGAACAACUUGCAAGUAUUACACCACAAUUGGAAGAGUUGCGGCUGAGGAAAGAGGAGCGUAUUAAACAAUUCAACGAAGUAAAGGCUCAGAUUGAAAAAUUAUGUGGAGAAAUUUCUGGGUAUUCUCAACGCAAUGAUGUACUAAGUUCUACUAAUGGGGAGGAAGAGGACUUGUCACUUAGAAAGUUAGAUGAAUAUCAUGCGCAUCUGCAAGCACUUCAAAAAGAAAAGAGUGACCGCCUUCAAAAGGUAUUGGAAUAUGUGAAUGAGGUGCAUGGACUUUGUGCAGUACUUGGCAUGGACUUUUGGAAGACUGUCAGUCAAGUACAUCCAAGUUUGCAUGAUUCAGCCCCUGGACAACCAAAGAACAUUAGCAAUGAGACGUUGGAAGGAUUAUCACGGACCAUUCAAUCACUGAAUGAUGAAAAGAAGCUUCGUAUUCAAAAGUUGCAUGAUCUUGGAAAAUCUUUGAUUGAACUUUGGAACUUGAUGGAUACCCCAAUAGAAGAAAGAGAACUAUUUGAAAAUGUUGUAUUCAUUCUCAAAGCAUCAGAUAGUGAGGUUACGGGCUCAGGUGCUCUUGCAUUUGACAUAAUUGAGCAGGCAGAGAUAGAAGUUGAACGUUUAGAUCAAUUAAAAGCAAGCAAAAUGAAAGAGUUGGUUUUAAAGAAGAGAAUGGAGUUGGAAGAAAUAUGUAGACGAGCACAUUUGGAGCCUGAUGCAAGCACUUCACCAGAGAAGUCAAAUGCAUUGAUUGAUGCUGGUAUGGUUGAUCCUGCCGAGCUUCUUGCAAAUAUUGAGGCACAAAUAGUGAAAGCAAAAGAAGAUGUACUCAGCAGGAAAGAAAUAAUGGAUAAAAUAGACAAGUGGCUUGCUGCAUGUGAGGAGGAAAGCUGGCUGGAAGACUACAAUAGGGAUGAGAAUAGAUACAGCGCCAGUAGAGGUGCUCACAUAAACCUCAAACGUGCUGAGCGGGCCCGAGUAACUGUAACCAAAAUUCCUGCUAUUGUUGAAAAUUUGAAGGCUAAAACACACGUUUGGGAAGAAGAAAGAGGGACACCUUUUCUAUAUGAUGGCGUUCGCCUGUUAGCAAUGCUGGAAGAAUAUACUUUAUUGAGGCAAGAACGUGAGGAGGAGAAAAAACGAUUUCGGGAUCUGAAGCGGUUACAAGAACAAUUCCUUACAGAGCAGGAAGCUAUAUUUGGAUCCAAGCCAAGUCCAAUAAAGAUUAAUAGCUUUAAGAGAGGUCAGGGUUUGCGAGCAAAUGGAAGCACAACACCUACAAAUCGACGCAUUUCACUUGGAGGCUCUAUGCUUUCAGGAAGUUCUGAUCACACUGCACGGGGAAAUGGGUUUACCCCCCGUCAGAAUGGAAUUGGCAAGGAUGCCAGAAGGCGGCCAACUGCACCUUUGAACUAUGUGGCCUUAGGUAAAGAAGAUACAGCAUCACUUGCAUCUGUAGCAGGGUCCGAGCCACCUUCUCCUCGAGCUGGUUGAUCAAAGCUGAAGAUGUUUGGUUUGCAGGUUUGUUCUCCCUCAGCGGAAUUCAACUGGUUUUAAGAUACAUAUGACGGAUUUUAUGGGGCCAGUCUGUAUAUUUCUUACACUUGUACAAUGUUCUUUGUACCAAUAUUGGGAGUUCUGAUGAAUCAAAACUUCACCUACGAAUCAGUUGACUUUCUUUGAAAGAAGGGGUUUGUGGUGGAACUAUCACUUUUUAACUUAAUCAUCACCAUGGUUCAUGGAAUAACUUGUAUAGUGACGGUCAUAGUUUGUGAGGAGGUGGGACUGUUUAACUUUAUGGUUGGAUGUCUGAAACUUUUUGUUGUUUGAUGUGAAGAAAAGAGCUUGGCAUCAUUUAUUGUGUAGAGCAAAGGAUUAAUGAUGUAUAGUUUACUUGUUCAGGUGGGGUAAGAGUCAGGUAUGAGAGUUGCUGGGGUCAAUCAGUGUUUUAGUUGAUCAAAGCUGGCUUGACACUGCUAAAGUCUUUUGUUAUGAGGAUGGGGCCUUCUUAAUAUAGUGCCUAAUAUGACUUGACGUGACAAAUUUUAUUCUUAAAAGCUAUAGCAUAUAAUCUUUUGAGUAGA